UUCAGCUCUAUAGCAAAGCAGAGGAUCUAGGAAGCACAGGCAGGGUCAAGAUCAACUACUAAAGCAUCCGGCGAUAAUGGUUGCGACAAAGACGGGCGAGCUGAGGGCGCUGUUCUUGUCACUGGACCGGGACGCGGACGGCAGGAUCUCGGCGGAGGAGCUGCGCGGGUGCAUGCGGGCGACGCUGAGCGAGGACGUGCCGGCGGAGGAGGCUAAGGCACUGGUGGCGUCGGCGGCCGUUGACGGCGAUGGGCUGUUGUGCGAGGCCGAGUUCCUCGAGCUGGCGCAGCAGGCAGCCUGGACGGGCGACGCGGACGCGGACGAGGAGAAUGACGAGCUGAGGAUCCGGGCGCUGAGGGAGGCGUUCGGUAUCUACGAGGUGGAAGGGCAGGGGUGCAUCACGCCGGCCAGCCUGGGGCGGAUGCUCGGCAGGCUCGGCGCUGAGCGGGGCACCGGCGAGUGCCGCGCCAUGAUCAGCCAGUUCGAUCUUGAUGGUGACGGCGUGCUCAGCUUCGACGAGUUCAAGAUCAUGAUGAGCUAGAGCGCCUGACCCCGGACUCAACCAUAUAUCAUCUCGGUCCUGCAUA